AUGGCGAGAUCUCCGUCCAGUUCAAGCUCCAGCUCGGCCUCUUCCGAUGACUCGAAGCCCCUCUUCCCAGCCGAUGGCAAAAGAGCCUCCAGCAAAUCUCGUUCUCCAAGCCGAACCUCUGAUCGGAGCAGCAAGUCGAGAAGCAAGUCUCCGGUCAAGCGACGGAGAAGCCGAAGCGGAUCUCGGGAUCCACCAGCAAGAUAUUCUUCAAGACCAGUGAAAAGGAGCCGUUCUCCGAUUCAAGACCGUAGGCGUAAGCGCUCUACUUCUGUCAAGAAAGAGAGGAGCCCGAGCCCAGUGAAGAGAAGGAGCCCCAGCCCUACGAGGAGGAGAAGCCCCCCACGGAGACGCGAACGCUCAACUUCUGCGAAAAAGGAAAGGAGCUCGAGCCCGGUGAAGAGGAGGAGCCCCAGCCCCUCGAGGAGGAGAAGCCCUCCCAGAAGACGUCAGCGUAGCAGAAGCAACGAUCGGGGACCACCUCCUCGUGAUCGUGAUCGCCGCCGCUCACGCUCACCGCCUCCUCGACGUGGUGACAGCCCUCCAUGGAAGUCGGAAAAAAGGUCAACCAGGCGACGAUCGCGCUCCGGAAGCCCCGAGGAUGAUGACGACAAGAGAAAGCGUGGCGAAUCGGAGUGGAAAAUCAAAGAGGACCAGAAAUGGAAAAAGCGCAGAGACCACCGUGAAGCGAUCGCCGAGGAGGGUGUGCAAAAGGUGUGGGGAAUGUCGCCGACCCACGACGAUAUUCAGCACGUCUACGUUUUGCUAGAAGAAACUGAGCGGAUGCGGGAAGAGGAGACGAAGAAAUUCGAGAAGCAGCAAAAGGAGCGUGACAGGGAGCGCAAGGAAAAGAUGAAAGCAGAAGGAAGAGAAAAAGAAAAGAAAAAGAAGGCGAAGAAACAGAAGAAGGAAAAGAAGGCCAAAAAGGACAAGAAGAAGAAGGCCAAGAAGCGCAAGGCAGAUUCUGAUUCCGAUGAUGACAAGAAGAAAGACAAAAAGAAGAAGAAGAAAAAGAAGCGCGAGGCCGAGGAAGUGGAGUACGUGCCCAAAUCCGAAUCUGAAGAGGAAAUGGCCGGUCCGGCAAUUCCGCAGGACAUCAUCGACAGCGACAAGGCGUACCACGACAUUGAGCGGCAAUUGAAACAAAGCAAAGACAUGCUUCGUGGUGAAGCCGCGGCGAUGGCGGCUUACGUGGCUCGCGGUGAGCGGAUUCCGCGUCGAGGCGAGAUUGGGUUGAGCAGCAACGAGAUUUCGUACUUUGAGCGGGCUGGCUAUGUGAUGUCGGGUACUCGCCACAAAGCGAUGGAAGCGACGCGGUUGCGCAAGGAAAACCAGGUCCUAACCGCCGACGAGAAGCGCCUGCUCAGCGGCUUCUCCCAGGAAGAGCGUCGCAAGAAGGAGGAGGCCGUCAUGUCCCAAUUCCGGCAACUCAUCGACGCCAAUCGCAAA